AUGAGUUCCGCAGAGGAUAUUCCCAUCAUAGUCGAGUUCACGGGCGGCCUAGAGAUGCUCUUUGCUGACGAGCGCAAGCAUAAACUGUCAGUCCCUGCCAAAGAUAGCAAGGGCGAUGCGGUCACCGUGGGAUGGCUGGUUGAGUAUCUCUGCGACGAGCUCAUGAGAGAUAUGCGCAAGGAGAUGUUUGUCCUCGACGGUCACGUUCGCCCAGGAAUCCUAGUCCUCAUCAACGACGCCGACUGGGAACUAGAGGGCGAAGCCACCUACGCCUUGCAGCCCAACGACAAUAUUCUGUUUGUCUCGACGCUCCAUGGCGGCUGA